AUGCCUACACCGGCGCAUCCAUUCCUCCCUAGCGACGCCUCGUCGACCGAUGCUCCAAAACAGCAAGCGCACAAUCACGAUGGUGGUCAUUCUCCUGCAGCCUGGGUCGGAGUCUCCAUAUGCGCCAUUAUGUGUCUCGCGUGGAUUCUCAGAUACUCAUAUCUCGCGUCACCUUUUUGGCUUCAUCGCAUGAGGCGUCGCCUUGGGAUCAGACCAGCCUCUCGCACCCCGAUCUCUCAUCAUCCAACUCUGCACAGUAUCGGGACCGAGUCUCCACCCCCGUGGAUCGCGCGGCCCGAGCCAGCCUAUUUUCGAAUACCUUCGAAAGACACUUUACCUGUCUAUCAGCCGACCAACCAGUUCAGCAGUGAUGUGCUCGAGGCGCUGUUGAAUUUGGGGCCGGCGGCCGGGGGCGCACGGCCGCCUUCGUACAGAUCUAAAUUGCCUCAAGAAUGGCGAAGUGCGAUGGGGACAAGGACCAGGACAAGGGACGACGAGGAGUCUGAGUUCUCAUAA